UUAUAUAUUUUUAGUCCAAGGUUUUAUACGAAAGAGUUAACUUCAGGGUAUCAUUGACCAUGUUGACAAAAUUUAACCUAAAACUUUGUUUGGAAAAAAAAUAAAAUUAAAAGGUUUUAAAUUUGAAUGACUGCUAAGUCAUAAUUAAUAAAAGUAAACAUUUUUUAUCAACAUUACAAAUAUUAGUGAUUAUCAAUACGAGGUGUCAGAAGAAAUAGUUAUAAAUUUUCGUAUAUUUGCAUAUUAGAAAAUAAUGUAUGACUCAUUGGAUGAAUAGUAAUUUAGUGGACAUAAUUUUAAAUCAUGGCUAAGAAUAAUCUUCCAAAAGAUUGGAUUCUGGUUACAUCAACAACAGAUCCCACUCGUAAUUAUUUUUUUAAUACUGCUACCAAUAAGUCUACAUGGGAAUUUCCUGAUGGCUCUGAUAAUUUAUCAGCCCAGAGCCCGCGAAAAAAUGUGAGCAAGAAACGCAAAAAAACAAUGACUGAAGACAACGACAAAGUGCGCUACAGACCAUUCACACCAGAGCCAGAUGUUGAAAGAAGACCGAAACUCGUAGCCAAGAGAAAAUUAUCAACAGCAAGAGGUUCUGAGGGUAAGAAAAAAAAUAACGAUAAGCAAGAAUCAUCUAGUGAUACUCCGCAGAUGAAAGCGUUGAGAGAAAAAAUGCUGCAAAGACAAGCUGCUAAAGGCAGUGGGAUUAAAAAACCCAGAGCUUUAAAAAGUUCAACGUUGAAGAGUUCGCCGGGCGAAAAAAAAGAUGACAAAGUGGAUAAAGUUGAUAAAUCACCAGUGAAAGCUAGCAAAGCUUCAGCAUUUAAUGAUAAUGAUAAGGAUAAUAAUAAGAGUAAGGAUGAAGAUGAAGCAGAGAAAGUAAUGACACCACAAAUGAAAAUUUUAAAACAAAAAAUGCUGGCGCGUAGAUCAUUGCCAGCUGCUGCUGAUAAAAAAUCAAAGUCUGUGGCUAAAAUUAAUUCUAAAAAAUCACAAUCCACCCGUUUAUCUGCGAUACGAAAUAAAUCCAUGAGUGACAGCACUGUUACGUCAUCAACGUCUAUGUCCACGUCCGUGAUUGCUUCUACAUCUGCAUCUCCAUCUACAUCUCCGCCUGGUGAUUCUAAAUCAUCGAAACCAGGUAAUGUCUGCAGUCCACGAACCAGAGCUAGCAGAAGUAUUUCCUCUUUUCCAACGUCUCCGAGAAAAAGGCCAAGUAAAACAAUUAUUGAGACGAAAUUGAAACAACUGAAAACUCUGGAAGCGCCUCCAGGUGUUUCUGCUAAAAGAAUUCUAGUUACGGAUUCGGAAGAUCCGGAUAGAAAAAACGAAGCUCAUUUUUUGAUAAAAUCUAUCAGUCCGCCUUCUACUAGCGGUUGUAUCAAUAAUAAUAUCAAAAUUCCUCGGAUUCAAAGGGUUAAAAGUGACACUAGUUCUACAACAGAUUCAGAAGAUUCGCCUACUGUUUAUAAAAAUGCCGAGGAUCGGAUGAAAGCUUUGUGUAGCAGCCUUAAAACCCAGCGUGCUUGUGACAAGAGAUUAUUUAGUCUGCCUUCAGACGAUUCUACCGAUAAAAGAUUUAAUAAUUCUACGGUUCUAAAGUCUUUUAGUCAUGAAGAGUUUUAUGAAGAAAUGGAUUGGGAGCCCAGUGAAGAAGAAAAAAUAGUCUUUGAGAUUCAAAAUGUCAGAUCACAAUUACCAACUGGAGACGAUGUUCAAAUGAUAGAGAUGACCAAAAACGGAUUAGAUCUGACUGACAAUGUAACGCUACGAGAAACAAGCGAUAGUUUGCGUAAGCUGUACAUUGUAGUGGACACAAAUGUCUUUCUAUCAAAUCUCCAAGCAAUCGAGGAAGCGCGCGAUGCGGUAUUCAAAUUUUACCACCGUCCUAUAAUCAUCGUCCCCUGGACAGUAAUACGGGAGCUGGACUUCAUAAAAGACGACAAAUCAAACUCGCGACCCGCGAGUCUCAAGACCAAAGCGCGACAAGCGAUCCAGUUCCUCAACAAUCAUUUCGCUGAAAAGCACCCGCGGAUUCUGGGCCAAACCUUCGCGGAUGUUUUGGCCAACAGACAGAAGUUCGAGCUGGAGUGUCCUGAUGACGAAAUAUUGCAAACUUGCUUGCAAAUAAAAACCGCGGGUCAUCAUGUCGUUUUAUUGACGUACGACAAAAAUCUCUGCAACAAAGCGAUGAUUAACAACGUGAUUUUCAUCGGCAAAAAUGAUCCGCUUGAGAAAAUAGAUUAUUUGAAAGAGAGUGAAAUUAAAGAACGUCUCAGUCUUACAGACAGUCUGAAAGACAGCGGAGAGCUAGACAACGGGAGAGAAUCGAGAGCUGAAUUUUUGAUCGCCGAAGAAAUGUUACAGGAUGUAAACACAGCGUUGACGUCAUUCCUGUCUGUGAUCGUCACCAAAGAAUUGAAGAACUUGUUUGGCGAUAACUGGGAACGUCAUGCAAUUUUGCGACCCCCUUGGACAAUUAUAACCGUAUUGAGGUGCGCCACCAAGCACUGGAUCGCCGCGGUCAGUGAAUCCUUUUCUAGACAAGGGGAAUUUAUUAUCAAAGAUCUGUUACAAGCUAUUUCUGGUCUGCGGUACCGUUGCCAGCUGAAGGAUGUCGAGCAGGUUAUUAAACUUUUUUACGACCUCGUGGGAUGUUUGAAAGCGGAAAAGUACCCGAAUAUUAUUGGUAAUGUCACUGGAACAAUUGAAGAGUUGAAGCAGAAGUACAGAGACAGUGUGAAAUUAAUUUACCGGAAUAAUAAUGAAGUUAAUUGUGAUAAUGAUCCCAGACGUGAAGAGGAACACGAAGCAAAAGCUGCAUUGGCGUUCAGUUAUUUUGAAAAUGUCUACGCACAUGCGCGUGACUUGUGCGGUACCGCUGCACAAAUUAUGGGCAUGAUGUGCACGUUUCCGUAUAAAAAAAUCGACUCGCCGUCUAUUGUUGAUGACAUUAAAAAAAUGAGACCUGAAGUUGCUGGCAAUUUGAACAGGUUACUGCAAAUCUUGAGCACUGCGCUCGAUGAAAUUGAUGAGCUGGAUAUUAAUCAUUCUUCUGUACGAGCACUGCAUCAAGUAUUAACGACUUUUACUCCAGAAGCUUUUGGCAACCAGAAGUUGUCUCCGCUGGAUGUUUACUGCUGUUUGAAACGCAGGGAAAAAUCUUUGAGACUCGGACUGGGACAGUUACAAGAGCUGAGUAGCCAUUUUUGUAGAAUGGCCACUUUCAAGUCUUCAUAAUUUUUUUAUGGUAAUUAUUUGUGGAUAUUAAUUUUUGGUCGUAAAAAAUAUCGUUAAUUUUCAGGUUGAUAGAGAAAAUUUUUUAGUAUCAGUC